CGCGCGUGGCUUGAACAGGUGUGUGAUGGACCUGCGGCGUUUCAUCUUCUACGCGGCGGUGUUUGUGUCACUGACAGGUGCUGACGGGGGCUGCGGCAGCAAUCAGUGGCAGUGUGAUGAUGGAGUGUGUGUGUCACACAGAUGGCGCUGUGACGGUGUCAGUGACUGCCAGGAUGGGUCUGAUGAGAUGGACUGCAUAUGUCAGCCUGGAGACUUUGAGUGUGCGGAUGGCUCCGGGUGUGUGAUUGUGUCUGAUGUUUGUGACGGGCGUCCCCAGUGUCCCGAUGCUUCAGAUGAGUGGGACUGCAGCAGGCGUUUGGGGUGUCUGUCAGGUGACUGGAAGUGCAGGAACAACAUUUGCAUCCCACAAAAUCUUCUCUGCAAUGACGUCAAUGACUGCCGUGACAACUCUGAUGAAGAAUCCUGUGGUUCCUGUGGGAAGAUGAGCAUCCGCUGUCCUGAUGGCACAUGUCUAACCUCCAGACAGAGAUGUGAUGGAGUUGCUCAAUGCUCGGAUAAGAGAGAUGAGCCUCUUACAUGUGGUAAAAGUUGUCAUUAUGGCAAUGGCGGCUGUAGUCAUACUUGCAUUGACCAGCUUUGGGGAGCUUUGUGCACUUGUCCCACUGGAAUGACCCUUUCUGCAAAUGGACUUGAUUGUGAAGAUGUCAAUGAGUGUGCCCAGUCUUUUGGACCUUGUAUGCACUUGUGCACAAACACACCCGGGUCUUUUCGGUGUCUGUGCCAGAAGGGUUUCAAAGCUCUUGACAAUGGCUCUUGCGAAGCUCAAGGAGUCGUGACAAAGAUCUUGACCUCCAGGAAGGGGUUGAUUGGUUUAGUGAACGUGAAGACCAGAGUCUACGAGCCGCUCUUUAAAAGCGAGAGUGACCCCAUAGCCUUGACCUAUGAUAUCCAGAGAAACUUCAUCUACUGGGCUGAUAAAGAUGGGAAUAUCUACAAGGCUUUUAAACGGAGGAGAACAAUUCUUUAUUCAGGGCAGUCUGGUUUGCACAGUCUAGCCGUCGACUGGUUUACUGGACAGCUGUACUGGACGAGUGUUACCCAGAAAGCCGUCCUCACCGGUGCAGCUGAUGGCAGUGCUGUAGGCACGGUCCUGUCCAAAGAAAUGGACCCGACAGAGAUGGUCCUCAGCCCGACUGAGAGUUUCAUAUUUUGGAUUAAUAAAGGAGCGACUGAAGAGCUGACCAUCGAGAGGGCGGAGCUGGACGGUUUGAACCGGACUACACUGGUUUUCAUUACUGCGCAGCUCCCGAGGAGUCUCACGAUGGAUGUGGCGGCGCGCCGGCUGUAUUGGAUCAGUGUUUACAAAGCGUCGAUUGAGAGCAUCAGGACGGACGGCACGGGACGGCACACCUUCUGGGGUUUGUUUCAAGGCCGUCCUGCUCAGACCCUGGCCGUGUUUAACGGCUGGUUUUACUGGGCCGAUGAGAAAAAGCUCUCGCAGGCUUCUCAAAGUUUGCCUGCUGACGCGCAAAAUGGUUUCAUCUUAAAAGCCUCGCUUCCUUUCUUGAACAUCUACCAUGUUCUUCAGCAACCCCGAGGUUUUGCUCCGUGUAAAGACUCGGGCUGCCGGCUGUGUUUGCCCUCCAAGAAAACUCCUGCCGGGUUCACCUGUCUGUGUCCUGAAGGAGCGCUGCCCAUGUCUUGGGGAUCUUGUGAAAAUUUUAAGGUCGCCUAUGCCACAGCCACGGCUUUAUACAGUUUGGAGUUUGCAGGAAAGAUUCCUGUGAAAACUGAACUCUUUACUUCAGAUGAAGACAUCCAGUCGUUUGACAUGUACUGGAGGAGAGGAUGUGUGGUGUGGUCUAAUGGGACGGGCCACGUGAAGACGAACAUACAGUCUCAGGACUUAUCGGACUACAUCCUGACAUUAAAACCCGCCUGCCUCGUCAGAGUUGACCAGAGGACUGGGAAUCUGUAUUGGCUGGCCUGCGAUGAACUUUCCAUUGGCGUUUCUACCAUUGGCCUGCUCGACCAGAGUAUCUCCAGACAGCUGUAUCAAGCCAGAACCGCAAUCCUUGACCUCUUUGUGGACUGGCAGAGAGGACAGCUGUACUGGCUGGAGGGAGGUCAGAUCAUGAGGAUGAAACUGGGUCUGAUUGGUGGAAAUGCAGAAGCUAUCUUCAGCUUUGAGGAGGAUGGGGUCAAAGCCAUUGUGUUUGACCGUAAAGCGAAUGGCUUCCUUUGGAGCGUGGAGUCUUACUUGCAGGUUAUGAGUCUCCUGAAGAUGAGAAGGUACUCCGCUGGUAAAGACUGGGUCGUUCCUGGCUCCCUCAUGGCUGCUUAUGAACCCUACACGGUGACCUUGUUCAAUAACAUCCUGACCGUGUGGAAUCGCAGAGAUGGAGCUCGCGUCUCAGGGGUGGCGGUAGAGAAUGGGGUUAUUAGCUUAUCUGUAGCCCUCAGGGAAGUCCAACAAGAUACAACAACUGAAGAUGUGCGUCCUACUGAGGUGACUUGCCAAAGUCCCCAAGUCUCUUGUGAAGGAUCAGCCGUGUGUAUCAGCCGAUCUCAGCGCUGUGAUGGGAACCGAGACUGUCCGGACGGAUCUGAUGAGGCCUCGUGUGUGCACAUGUGUGCGAAGACGGAUGACUUCCUGUGUAAAGACGGAAGUAAGUGUGUGGCGAGGGAUCUGGUGUGUGACGGCCGCUCUCACUGCACUGACGGCUCAGAUGAGACGGGAUGUCCCACCACUGCUCCUGAAACAGUCUCCACACCAUUAAAGUGUCGUGUGGGCUCUAAACCCUGUGAGGACGGCCGUGAGUGUGUGCUGCUCAGUCAUGUGUGUGAUGGAGAGAUGGACUGUGCAGAUGGAUCAGAUGAACACGGCUGCGGUCGUCAGUGCCAGCCCGGGCAGUUCCAGUGCACUUCUGGAGCGAGGUGUGUUGAACUCAAUCAGGUGUGUGAUGGCACUCCUCAGUGUCUGGAUAAGUCUGAUGAAGCAGGAUGCUGGAAACCCUCAAGGAGCUGCAGCAUGCGCUGUGACCGGGACAAUCACUGUAUUCCUGAAGUCCUCAUCUGCAAUGGGAUUCGGGACUGUCGAGAUGGCACUGAUGAAGCCGACUGUGCUGUAUCCAGACCGGCUCAGACCAGCUGUGAGAGUCCCUCUGUCCUGUGUCCGGGAACAUCAGUGUGUCUGUCUCAGGCUCAGCUGUGUGACGGCACAAGAGACUGCCCCGAUGGAUCUGAUGAAGCUUCAUGUAUAGAUUCAUGUGCUGAUCCAGGUGACUUCCUGUGUAAGGACAGGAGGAAGUGUAUUAAUGGAGCUGUGGUGUGUGACGGCCGCUCUCACUGCGCUGAUGGUUCAGAUGAGCUGGGAUGUCCUGGCAUAGCAACUGAAACCACAACCGCAGCCUCCUUCAAGUGUCGUGUGGGGUCUAAACCCUGUGAGGACGGCCGUGAGUGUGUGCUGUACAGUCAUGUGUGUGAUGGAGAGAUGGACUGUGCAGAUGGAUCUGAUGAAGAACAGUGUGAACUUCAGUGCAGUCCAGGGAUGUUUCAGUGUAUUCAGGGGAAGAAGUGUAUUGACAUCCGGCAGGUGUGUGAUGGGACUCCUCAGUGUCCGGAUCAAUCGGAUGAAGCGGGAUGCUGGAAACCCACCAAGAGCUGCAGCAUCCGCUGCGAUGGGAACAGCCGCUGUGUCCCAGAGGUGUUCGUCUGUAACGGGAUGAGGGACUGCUGGGAUGGCUCCGAUGAAGCCGACUGUGCCAUGCCUACUCCACCAUCACCGUGUAAAAUCCCUUACGUGGCUUGUCAAGGGACGUCUCUGUGUAUCCUGCAGCGCUAUCUGUGCGACGGGAGAAAAGACUGUCCUGAUGGAUCCGAUGAGAGACCUUGUCUUCGCAACUGCCCAUACCGCAGUGAUUUCAUGUGUAAAGACAGGACGAAGUGUAUUGAGAGGAAUCUGGUGUGUGACGGCCGCUCGCACUGCAUUGACGGCUCAGAUGAGACUGGAUGUCCCACAGCAGAGACCACAUCCUCAACCAAGUGUCGUGUGGGCUCUAAACCCUGUGAGGACGGCCGUGAGUGUGUGCUGUACAGUCAUGUGUGUGAUGGAGAGAUGGACUGUACAGAUGGAUCUGAUGAACGCGGCUGUGAAUAUCGGUGUAAAGCAGGAGAGUUUCAGUGUGCCCAUGGGAGAAAAUGCAUAGACUCAAAACUAGUGUGCGACGGCAAACCGCAAUGUCAGGAUUUUUCUGACGAGAGCGACUGCUUCAUACGCAGCAAGAGCUGCAGCCACCGCUGUGAUAAUAAAACCCGCUGCAUCCCAGAAAACUUCCUGUGUGACGGAGAGAAAGACUGCGUGGACGGCACCGAUGAAUCUGACUGCGGGUACCCCACAAAGGUGGUGAAGUGUGAGAGUCCUGCGGUGUUGUGUCGUGACGGGGCGCUGUGCAUCCCUCACACCAGUCUCUGUGAUGGGAAGAGAGACUGUCCUGACGGAUCUGAUGAAACCGUCUGCUUUGACAGAUGUCCAAACUCAGGUGACUUCUUGUGUGCGGACAGGAGGAAGUGUGUGGCGAGGGAUCUGGUGUGUGACGGCCGCUCUCACUGCACUGACGGCUCAGAUGAGACGGGAUGUCCCACCACUGCUCCUGAAACCGUCUCCACACCAUUAAAGUGUCGUGUGGGCUCUAAACCCUGUGAGGACGGCCGUGAGUGUGUGCUGUACAGUCAUGUGUGUGAUGGAGAGAUGGACUGUAAAGAUGGAUCUGAUGAACGCGGCUGUGAAUAUCGGUGUAAAGCAGAUCAGUUCCAGUGCGCUCAUGGGAGGAUGUGUCUCGACAGAAAGCAGGUGUGUGACGGCACACCUCAGUGUCAGGAUCGCUCUGAUGAACUGGACUGUUUCAGUCGCUCACACGAAUGCAGACAUCAGUGUGAUGAUAAAACUCGCUGCAUCCCAGAGAGCUUCCUCUGUGACGGAGAGAAAGACUGCGUGGACGCCACCGAUGAACACAACUGUGCUCCCAUCACUGGCCCAUCCGUCACUGAGCAGCCACCCUGCAUUAGCCCUUCUGUAUUUUGUCAUGAAACCUCAAAAUGCAUCUCACAGUCCCAGCUGUGUGAUGGAAAGACUGACUGUCCCAGUGGAGCCGAUGAGCGGUUUUGCAUAUCUUCAUGUCCAGAUCCAGGCCAGUUUCUGUGCGAGGACAGACGGAAGUGUGUUGAGAGCUCUCUGGUGUGUGACGGUCACCCACACUGCGCUGACGGUUCGGAUGAGAAACAGUGCCCCGUCUGUGCCAUGCUUUGUGACCAGAAGAGUGUUUGCCUGACGAGUCAGCAGAUCUGUGACCGAAAACCAGACUGUAGAGACGGUUCAGAUGAGAAAAACUGCGACACUGGUCUUAUGGAUGCAAGUGCUUCGUUACCUCUGAAAUGUCCCUUGGGAUCCAAACCUUGUAGGGAUGGGAAAGAGUGUGUCCUGUACAGCCAUGUGUGUGACGGGGAGAAAGACUGCAAAGACGGAUCUGAUGAGAGGAACUGCGAGCGGAAAUGUAAAAAAGGCCAGUUCCAGUGCGCUCAUGGCAGGAAGUGUAUAGACAUGGAGCUUGUGUGUGACGGCACACCUCAGUGUCAGGACCGAUCCGAUGAAAUCAACUGCAUGAAGCUCUCAGAGGAGUGCAGGCACCCGUGUGACAAUAAGAGCCGCUGCGUUCCUGAGACCUUCCUCUGUGACGGAGAGAGAGACUGUGUGGAUGGCACUGAUGAAGACAACUGUGUUGUAGAGCCCUGUUCUGGAGAGCGGUUCCAGUGCAGUAGCGGUCAGUGUGUGGCUCUGGCUCUCCGCUGUGAUGGGUACACUGACUGUCGGGAUCACUCGGAUGAGAAGGGCUGUCCUCGGCCUCCGCACUGUCCCGUGGAGCAGCGCUGCCCCCACACACACGAGUGUCUGCUGAAAGAAUGGCUCUGUGAUGGAGACCAGGACUGCAGUGAUGGGUCUGAUGAGAGGAACUGUGAGGUGACUGCACUGAAUUGUGGAGAGUUCCAGUGGUCGUGUGCAUCUAAAACUCAAUGCAUUGUGAUGACAUGGAGGUGUGACGGCGUAAAGGACUGCAAAGAUGAGAGCGAUGAAUCUGGAUGUGGUCAAGUGAAAUGCCCCACACACUUGUUCCAGUGUGGAAGUGGGGAGUGUGUGGAGCCAGAUCUGGUGUGCAGCGGGGCGUCUGACUGUGCAGAUGUUUCUGAUGAGGGUGUGGGGUGUCUGAAGAACAACUGCUCCAGUCCCAGCCGCCCAUCAUGCCGUCACUACUGCAUCAACACUCCACACGGAGCGAGAUGUGGCUGUAAGUCUGGCUUCAGGCUUCAGUCUGACGGUUUAACCUGCAAGGACUUGGAUGAAUGUACAGAGAUUCAGCCCGCUGCCUGCAGUCACAAGUGCCUCAACACGCCGGGCUCCUACCUGUGUCAAUGCCACCCUGAGUUUAUACUGGAGCCGGAUGGGCGCAGCUGCAAGACCGCAGAGGAACCCAGUCUUUUGGUCUCUGAACAGAACGAGCUGUUGAAAUUGGGUCUGCGGAGCGGCAGCAUUCAGGCCCUCACUACACCGGGACGCAAGCCCAUCUUCUCUCUGGACUAUGACCUGAAAGAGCAGAGGGUGUACUGGGUCAGUCUGGAGGAAGAGAGCAUCAAAUAUGCCUUCCACGGAGAAAAGGAUAACAUUCAAACUAUCAUCAAAGGGGUGAAGUCGGACUCCAUAGCUAUCGACUGGAUGGGGAGGAACCUUUACUGGGUGGAUGGUGUUGCUGGGCAGAUUCUAGCUGUGAGAUUGAACAAUAGUCUUGUAGAGCCCCAAAACUACAUCGUGGUUGUGGAACAGGAUUUGCAUCAGCCUCGUUCGCUUGUGCUGCUGCCUCAGAAGGGGGUAAUGUUCUGGUCCGAGAUCGGAGGUCAGGCACAGAUCGAGCGCUCGGGCAUGGACGGCUCAGACAGGAAGGUGGUGGUCAGCCGGGGUCUCGAGCGGCCGGUCAGCGUGACUGUGGACACACUGACUGACAGACUAUACUGGACUGACGAGAAGCUCCGGUGUAUAGGAUCUGCGACGCUGGAUGGAGAAAACAUAAGGUUGCUACAGCUGUCUGAGAUGCCUAGUCCCUUCUCUGUGGCGGUGUUUAAUGACAUGGUCUACUGGUCCGACACGCACAGACGAUCCGUUCAAGGGGCCAAUAAACUGACGGGCAAGAACCGGCAAGUUCUUCUCAAGAGACCCGGCCAGCCCUUCGACCUCAAAGUUGUGCACGCGCUCUUGCAGCCCAAUGUGUCCGGCCCGUGUGAGAAGCUCGGGUGCUCUCACGUGUGUUUGCUGGCUCCGGGGCUCAGAGCGGUGUGUCGCUGCCCCGUGGGGCUUCCCUUAGCCUCGGACGGAUUUAGCUGCACCCCACCUGUCGAUUCCUCCUCUCCUUUCCUUCUGUUACUGUCUCCUACCGUGAUUACACAGGUCUUCACUAAGGGACUGGAGACAGAGGUUGGGAUGAAGACGUGGCCGGAGCACCGUGCUCUGACUCUGCCGGCCGUGAAUGAAGCUUCAGACUUCGAUCUGCUCCUCGAGGACCGCACCGUCUCUGUAGCUGACGCCGGACGAGGAUCUGUAGCUCAGCUCAAACUCAGCAGCUCUGGGUUCACACCCAUCGGUCACGUGCUUCAGCUCAAAGGGGACCUGGUGACCGCUCUGGCUGUGGACUGGGUCACCCGAAACCUCUACUGGAGCAGCGUCAAGAGCCCCCAGCUGUACGUCACGUCCCCCGGAGGGAAAUACACCAGCCUGCUGCUGCAAGCUGAGCUGGAGGGAAGGGUCUCCAUCGCCCUGCACCCUCCCACGGGCCGCCUGUGCUUCACCGCACUGGGACGGAGGGGACCCCAAUCUCUGCCCCAGGUGGACUGUGCUCACAUGGACGGGAACAAUCGCACGCUGCUGUGGAGCAAAGCAAAGAUGCCGGUUUCACUCGCCUUUUCUGAGAAAGGAACUACACUGUAUUGGGCAGAUAUUGGAAAUGAUCUGAUCGGCUCUAUUAAUAUGGAUGGCUCUGAUUAUAAGGCGUUCCUCACCGGGUCUGCCUUCAUGGUGUCUUUAGCCUGUGUUGAGAACAUCUUCUUCUGGGUCACACUGGACAACGGUUCAGCUGCAGUGUGGUACACGGACGGUUUCCAGCCCAAACACAUGUGGUUUGAGGUGAAGACAAACAUCAUAGAUCUGAAGGCUUACAGCAGCUCCAGUCAGAAAGGAACCAAUCUCUGUUCUGAACACAACGGGGGCUGCAGUCACCUGUGUCUGCCGUAUCCAGGUGGGCGCUCCUGUCGCUGUGCGCAGAACUACCUCUCCGUCAACAAAACCAAAUGUGUUUCCAGCCUCCAGUGUCCCGCGGGCAGUAAAGCGUGCAGAGACGGCCUCUCGUGCAUCCCUGCGGCCCAGAUCUGUGACCAGAUCCCAGACUGCCAGGACGGCUCGGAUGAGGAGUGUGUCAAAUCUGAUACUCGGCGUCUGCCUGCUCUGGGCUCUGCGGUCGAGGUCUCGUCGUGUGAGGCGGAGCGCUGCAGCGGUCACGGGACGUGUGUGAGUGUGGAGGGAGAGCCGGUGUGUGAGUGUGAGGAGGGGUACAGCGGGGAUCUGUGUCAGGACACCGCCUCCAGCAGCACUGCGCUCGCCCUCACACUCACCUUUCUCUUCGGAGGUGCUCUGAUGGCCGCAGUCAUCCUCAUGAGGAGCAGGGCAAAAGCAGCGAGGGAGGAGGCUACAGAAAAAGAGACGCUUGUGACUGAUGAAGACGAGCACAUAAACUACUCCCAAAACUUUGCUAAUGAGUUGUACGUUCCUGAAGAGGCUCCGAUCGCUCCAGCUCUCACCACGCCCGUUGUCAGCUAAUCAUUUUUUGUGUGUCUAAUAAAACAAUUACUACUGCAAGAAAUAUGGUGUCUAAUUUCAAGAAAAGCACGUGUCUCAUAUAAACUUGCCACAGAUGUCGAAAC